UUGCGAAUUCAAGUUUAGUACCGUGGAAGCCGCAAUUGUCCUGCCAAGAUACGAUUUGACAGGCAUGAGAGUGCUGAAAUACUCGACUCCGAAGAUAUAAACUUAGUAAGGCAAUAUAUACCCCUGUUGCUGUCCAAUCCAGCUUGUUCUCCAUCUCUAGUCGACACCAUUUAUCAUCCAGAUCUAGUUGAAAAGUCCAUCACUAUGCCUUCAGCUAUACCUUCAGAGCACGCAGUUCACUCAGUUCACUCAGUAUGGACGUCAGACGAAGGUUCAAUGGCGCAAGUGACGGCCGCAACACGGUGGCCUAAGAUCGUCCAAGAUAUGAUCGAGGAUGUCGGUGAGACUGCCAGACUAUCACAUGAGCCUGAAGUGAAGGCCGAGAGCCUGGCAAUUCAAAUCGCCCUCAAAGAUAUGAAGAAUGAAAUUCAACAGAACAAACCUUUACGUCCUCUGAGAAGCGACGGCAGGCCAGACAUCGGCAAAUACAACAACGAGAUCGAGCGAGCAGGGAAAUGGACUUGGCUAUCCUCUCCGUGGCUUUUCAGCGAAUGCUACCUCUAUCGACGAGUGCAAACUGUUCUCUCAACGUCCCAUCACUGGAAGAAUUACGACGUGUUCAAGCGGCAGAAAGACUCGACGUUUGCAAAAUCGCGGGUCGCAGUUGAAGAACUCGCCAGUCGAUAUAUUCAAAUCUUCGAAGGACUCGAAAGCUCCUCCAAUGAUUCAAGCGAAGAACUGCAGAAGCUACUGUUCAUCGAGAUGACAGAAAUCGCGCUAUGGGGGAAUGCGACAGAUUUAUCUCUGCUAAGCCACCUCAGCCUAGAGGAUCUUCAAAAUCUCCAGGGCCGAGAGGCCAUCGCUAAAAGCCAACGUAACAUCAUCGACAACGACACUGACGACGUCUACUCAUACUUCAAAUCUGGGACCUACGCGAGAGACCGCAGAGUCGAUAUCGUACUUGACAACGCUGGUUUUGAAUUCUUCACCGAUGUCUUGUAUGCAGCCUAUCUCCUAGACGCCGGAUUCGCCUCUUCGAUUACUUUCCAUGCCAAAGACUUCCCGUGGUUCGUCAGCGAUGUCGUGCAGAACGACGUCCAAGCCUUAUUCGAACAUCUUAUAUCACCUCAACUGUUCCCCAACCGCCAGUUUCUGGAUGAAUUAGUGCUGAGGCUUGAAAAUAUGUUCGACUCCGGCGCAGUGACCGUCAAGUCGCAUCCGUUCUGGACUACUGCAUGUUCAUUCCAUGAAAUGCCGCAAGAAGCGCCCGACCUCUUUCAAGAACUGAAAGACAGUUUCCUUGUAGUAUUCAAGGGCGAUUUGAACUAUCGGAAACUCACCAAAGAUGGACUGUGGCCUUACACCACGCCAUUCAGAGAAGCCAUUGGUCCGUUGGGCAAAAGUGGAAUGCCCGUCCUUGCUCUUCGAACCAACAAGUCGGACACCUGCGUCGGUGUCGAGUCACAGCAAGUGGUCGAAAGACUGGACAUUGAGGCUCCAGGCGGGGCUUGGGUUCGAAACGGAAAGUAUGCUGUGGUUUCCUUCUGCGAUGGUCGGCUUUCAUAGACAGGAAUUCCAGCGCAAGUUCUGUUAGAUUCCAUAAGGAGGAUUAUGCCAGAGCUUUGUGUCU